CAGCACUUGAAUGCAGCACCCGCGCAACAGAAACACCAGCACCCAGAAUGCUCUUCUGCCGCAUGCGUGCUACGCACUACGGCCCGAAGGCGUUGGUGGUUGGUGUCCGUCCGAGGAUGCGUUGCACUCCGGCAGCAUCAGUACCAGCUCCGCCGUGCUAAUACACCAAAAAACCCGGGGGAAGGAGGAGAAAUACGGGCGGUGUUUGCGGCUCGAGCGGCGCCGGAGCAUCGGCGAGAUGGGGGACCAGAAGGAAUCUCUGCGUAAGAUCACACACACGCUGGCCAUGAAGAAUGAGGAGAUUUCAAACUUCACCUGUACUCUGAAACAGAACCUCGACAACUUAGAGACAAACUCCAACAGUGUCCAGGUGGACCUGGAGUCUGAGUUCACCGCCCUUCACUCCGUCCUGGACGAGAUGAAGGAAAACAUGGUGACUCGCAUCAAACAGGAGAAAGCCAGCCGCACAUACGAGCUUCAGAGUCAGCUGAGUGCCUGCUCCAAAGCCCUGGAGAGUUCAGAGGAGCUGCUGGAGCUGGCCAAUCAGACGCUCUGCUCCUCCGAGACGGACGGUUUCAAUCAGGCGGCCAAAGACAUUAAGGAUAGCGUGACAAUGGCUCCAGCCUUUCGACUCUCCCUGAAGGCUAAAGCCAGUGACAACAUGAGUCACUUGAUGGUGGACUUCAGCCAAGAGAGGGGGGUGUUGCAGGGACUCAAGUUUCUCCCAGUUCCCGCUACUCCAGAGAUCCAGGUCUCAGAGUGCCAGGUGUGCGACAACACGGUGUGUGUAGUUUGGACCCUACCGGAGCCCGACACCAAGAUAGACCACUUCAUACUGGAGCACCGACGCACAAACCACGAGGGUCCGCCGCGCAUCAGAGAGGACUACCCCUGGAUGGUGGUGGAGGGGAUAAAAGAGUUGGAGCACACACUCAUCGGUCUGCGCUUUGACACGCGGUACUUGACGUUCAGAGUGAGAGCGUGUAACAAGGCCGUGGCGGGAGAGUUCUCUGAGCUGGUCACACUAGAAACCCACGCCUUCAACUUCAAACUGGACUCUGGUUCGUGCCACCAGAACCUGAAGGUGGAGGACUUGAGUGUGGAGUGGGACAGCUGUGGAGGAAAGAUUCAGGACAUCCGCAAGGAAAAGACCCGAACCAACUCCCCGAUGCACUCACCAGCCAGGUCGGCCCUGAUGUCACCUAAGAGAGUGCCGACAGCCCGGCCCGGCAGAGACAGAUUUACAGCAGAGUCCUACACAGUGCUGGCUGACACCAUGAUCGACGCCGGCCAGCAUUACUGGGAGGUGAGGUUUGACAAGGAGAGCAAAGCCUUCGCCGUGGGCGUAGCGCUGCGGAGCCUCGGACGAUUCGACCAGUUGGGGAAAAGCAGCGCUUCCUGGUGCAUCCACCUGAACAACUGGCUGCAGCAGAGCCUCACAGCAAAGCACAACAACAAGGCUCGAACUCUGGACUGCGCCAUCCCAAACCGUGUAGGAGUCUACGUCAACUACGACGAAGGUGUUCUGUCUUUCUACAACUCCAAAACUAAACAGCUGAUGCACACCUUCAAAACCAAGUUCCAGCAGCCAGUUAUACCAGCUUUCAUGGUGUGGAACGGCAGUUUUUCAGUACUGACAGGUAUGCAGGUUCCCAGCUUGGUGCAAAGCGGCCAGAGGAAGAACAGCGGCACCAGCAGCUCCAACGCCAGCCUCACCUAGACCCCUCCACUCAUCCGGCUGGACACCUCCCAGAUCUGCUUGAACACACAGUCACCGCUGCAGAACAUCGCCUCUGCCCUGGCUGCGGUCCAAGCCUCAUAUCAUAGAAGAGUAACAUCACCGGAGUAUGAUGGGUUAGCCUGUUCCAGCGUAACAACAAAAAUAAUUUCGGGAACAAGUGAGUCAGCUGCGCCGUCAGUGACGGACCUCUUCAGAUGUGGGACUCAGGCUGUUGUUGUUGCUUGGGACACAUUAGCUGUACUAGUUUUUCCUCUCUCUUUACACAUCAUUUAGCACUGUCCCACUGCUGCUAGAGCAAAGAUUUAGCGCUGGCCGCUGCCCUUCCUUCCUUGCCAUCACCAAAACUGUCAGUCGUACUGUCAAAGCAGGCAGCGGCAGGCGCAGGGUCAAGGCCUGUCCUGUCUGCUCUCUCCCUGUGCCUUCCUUCUCAUUUCCAAAUCGGGUGACGCUAGAAAAGGUCUCCCUAUUUCAAUUUAAAACAACGUAUUGUGUCAGUGUCAUUAUAACCUGGUUGUAACGUAGCCUAGUGGUAAUUAUCACCUACUGAAUCUGCCCAUCGACCUAUUUAACCCAAAUAACCGCUCCUAGACAAUGCUUCACAAUAGAAUGCACUUCAUUGAAUCAGGAUUUAUUAAACUCUACUUUGCUUUAGGAAUACUUUACUCCUGUAAUCAUCUGUAUGUCAAUUACUCACCCCGUGCUAACUUGAAUUGUUAUUUCUUGCGUGGUCGGAGUAAAGUCUUGAUGCGCUUCCACAUUAACAGUCAAGUGCAAGUACUGUUUACGCGUAAGGGUUUUAAAUAGUAAGGUUUAAGGGAAAAUGCAUGUGUUUGGGAAGAAGUGUAAAAACAACUGGAUAGAUGAGACUUGGAGUACUCGUGCAGUGAGUUGUGUGAGAGUUUCUAAAUGGAUGUUUUGAUAUAGUUUUGUUUGCCGUGGAGGCAUCUGAGAAAAACAAAGAAUUCGACACAGGGUGAGUAAUGGAUAUACAAAUGAACAUGUCGGGGCUGAAGUAUUCCUUAAGUAAAACAGAUAUUAGGGAUGUUGUAUUUUCCUUUCUUGCCAAGACAUGCACACUUAACAGUGUUUAUUGCGUUUCACUCAGCCUCCUGCUGAGGUUCUGUUGGUUUGAGUUCAGUCAGUGUUGGCUGUGAGAGUUUAAUCUGACAGACUCUGCACAGAAAGUUAGAAGGGAGUUUUUAAUCAGUGUAACUCCACGUAGACAAGUCAUCAGAUAUUGCUUCAGGAUUUUGGAAAUGACUGUACUGUAUUCAUUUUAUUGACCUGACUGCACCCUAAUGCUUGUUUGUACAGUAUGUAUGCGUCUUAUAACACCACUUUAUUUGCUGAAGGGGAAUCCCAUUCUGAGUAGUAGUCCAAAUAUAACAAAUAGCUAGCAAGUAGCCUCAGCUAACAAAUUGUAUUAUGAGAGUUAGCUAUGUUUGAGGUCCGAAUGGGUGAGAAACUGAUUUUAUGAAGUCCUUCUUUGUGCACAGUCCGACCUCUGAGUAGCGUCCACGUCAUAUGUUACACCUGGGGACAGUGUUGCUUUGCCAUGUUGCUCCCUCUGUAUGCAUCUCCUGAAUAACUGUAGCUUGCAAUGCUUUAAAGAAGUUGAAAAUUAUUUUAACUUUAUUUCACAUGCUGACACGAUGUCACAAUUUAUUGUAAAUAGUUUAAUUUUUCCACUAUAAUGUGUCAGUCAUUGAGGUAAUAAAGGAGCGGGAGCACUUUG